UAUGGCUAGCAGCCUAGCAGCAGCAGCAGCAGCAGCAGCAGCAAUGACCGGGCGUGAACUUAGCCUGUAGUUGCCUCACAACUUUACUGAGAGUAGAAAACUAAACUCAGGCGGCUGCAGCUUCCCUUCAGUCAGGGGAAAUAAGGAAGUGAACAGCUGACUGAAUUCCAGUUGUUUCUUCGCCGGGCAAGCAAAAUGGUGCACCGAUGUUGACCCUGGAGUUUCCUGUGUGAAGAACUGGGUCAUGUUAUCUCUCAGAGCCAGACCUCCUCUGUCCUGACACAAGGAGUUUUGCAACCAGGAUCUUGACUUUCUACCUCAACAUACGUGGAGUCCAUUCCCUGUGUUCUACCUCUUAGGACAUCCACGGCUCUUUUUCUACCUCAACAAAUACUGUCCGCACACAGAAGCACGUAGCUGUUAUCAGCCAGCUCAGAAACACCAACAUACCCUUCACUCUAUCACCAGGCUCUCAGGCGCCAGUCAUCUAGCGACGUCGUAACAAAGUACACUGGGAUUCUUCCUGCUUGGCUGUCAUAAUCGCUAUCUAGGGAGGAGCCACGCGAAGCAGCCAUGUUUCACAGGGGAUUGUGAUGUCCGAGACCUGCGACAGACCAGGAGCAGGACCGGGACUAGGGGAAGGACAGGGGCGGGGUGACAUAAAUGUUCCUAGGUUUGUGGUUGGCUGUGGGGAUGACGAGCAGGACAUGGGCCAAAUGGAGGCAGGCAUGAGGAAUGAGAUGUAUCGAGAAGAGGAAAUGGAGGGCGACGAAGAUGAGUCGCCACCAGAGCGGCAGAUUGUGGUCGGCAUAUGCGCCAUGAUGAAGAAGUCCAAAUCCAAGCCCAUGACUGAGAUCCUGGAGCGCCUUUGUAAGUUUGACUACAUCUGUAUGGUCAUCUUUCCAGAGGAGGUGAUCCUAGAGGAACCUGUCGAGAAAUGGCCCCUCUGCGACUGCCUCAUCUCCUUCCACUCCAAAGGUUUCCCUUUGGACAAAGCUGUGGAGUAUGCCAAGCUCAGGAAUCCACUGCUCAUCAAUGACCUCAACAUGCAGUAUUUCAUACAGGACAGGAGGGAAGUGUACCGGAUCUUACAGGAAGAAGGCAUUGACCUGCCUCGUUAUGCUGUGUUAAACCGAGACCCCGACAAUCCUGAGGAGUGUAACCUGGUGGAAGCGGAGGACCAUGUUGAGGUAAACGGGGAGGUGUUCCCUAAACCCUUCGUGGAGAAACCUGUGUGUGCCGAGGACCACAAUGUGUACAUCUAUUACCCAACGUCUGCUGGAGGGGGCAGCCAGAGACUCUUCAGAAAGAUAGGGAGUCGUAGCAGUGUGUACUCCCCAGAAAGCAGCGUACGAAAGACUGGAUCCUACAUCUACGAGGAGUUCAUGCCCACAGAUGGUACUGAUGUCAAGGUUUACACAGUGGGUCCAGACUACGCCCACGCGGAGGCCCGGAAAUCUCCUGCACUGGACGGAAAGGUAGAGAGGGACAGUGAGGGGAAGGAGAUCCGCUACCCCGUCAUGCUGACCGCCAUGGAGAAACUGGUGGCCCGCAAGGUCUGCCUGGCCUUUAAGCAAACAGUGUGUGGGUUCGACCUGCUCAGAGCCAACGGCCACUCCUACGUUUGUGACGUUAACGGCUUCAGCUUCGUCAAAAACUCCAUGAAGUACUACGACGACUGUGCCAAAGUCCUGGGCAACAUGGUGAUGAGGGAGUUGGCCCCCCAGUUCCACAUCCCCUGGUCCAUCCCCAUGGAAGCUGAAGACAUCCCAAUCGUCCCAACAACCUCAGGAACCAUGAUGGAGCUGCGCUGUGUUAUUGCCAUUAUCCGCCAUGGAGAUCGCACACCAAAGCAAAAGAUGAAAAUGGAGGUCCGACAUCCUCUAUUCUUUGAGUUAUUUGAGAAGUACGGAGGCUACAAGUCAGGAAAACUAAAACUGAAGAAGCCAAAACAGCUACAAGAAGUGCUGGAUAUUGCCCGCCUGCUGCUGGUUGAACUGGUCGAGCACAACGACUGUGAGAUCGAGGAGAAGAAAUCUAAACUGGAGCAACUCAAGACGGUCUUGGAGAUCAGUCACCCACUCUCAUCAAAACUAGCUUCAUCUUUCAACACUCGACAAAGGGAAUCCAGCUUGAAUGACACUCAGUACGGUCAUUUCUCAGGCAUCAACAGGAAAGUUCAGCUGACCUACCUGCGUAACGGCCAACCUAAAGCAUCCAGCGAAGAAGAAGAUUCUAAGAAGGACGGCCCAUCUCUGCUGCUGGUGUUGAAGUGGGGCGGGGAGCUGACGCCUGCAGGCCGGGUUCAGGCUGAGGAGCUGGGCAGGGCCUUUCGCUGCAUGUACCCUGGAGGUCAAGCCGGUAACCGCCGGUCCCGUGGCUGUGAGUCCCCUGACUUUGGUGACUACGCUGGGUUUCCAGGCUGUGGCCUCCUGCGCCUGCACAGCACUUACCGCCACGACCUGAAGAUCUACGCCUCUGACGAAGGCAGGGUGCAGAUGACAGCCGCUGCUUUCGCGAAGGGUCUGCUGGCUCUAGAAGGGGAGUUGACUCCGAUCCUGGUUCAGAUGGUGAAGAGUGCCAACAUGAACGGACUGCUGGACAGCGACAGCGACUCUCUGACUGACUGCCAACAGAAGGUGAAGGCAAGGCUGCAUGAAAUCAUGCAGAAGGGCCAGGAGUUUACACAGGACGACUAUCAGAAGUUGGCACCAACUGGCAGCCCAUCGCUGGUGAACUCAAUGAAGGUCAUACAGGAUCCAGUCAAAACCUGUGAUAAGGUGUACGCCCUCAUCCAGAGUCUCAAUUCACAGAUCCGUAAGAGACUGGAAGACCCCAAGUCUGCAGACCUUCAGCUUUACCACAGCGAGACGUUGGAGCUGAUGCUGCAGCGCUGGUCCAAACUGGAGAGAGACUUUCGCAUGAAGAACGGCCGCUACGACAUCAGCAAGAUCCCGGACAUCUACGACUGUAUCAAAUACGACUCGCAGCACAACGCCUCACUUGGACUGGAGGACACGCUGGAGCUGUUCAGACUGUCCCGCGCCCUGGCUGACAUAGUCAUACCACAGGAGUACGGCAUCACCAAAGACGAGAAACUGGACAUCGCUCAGGCUUACUGUGUUCCUUUGAUGAAAAAAAUCCAGCUGGACCUGCAGAGGACCCAUGAGGAUGAGGCUGUUAACAAGCUGCACCCUCUGUAUUCUCGUGGCGUAAUGUCUCCUGGCCGUCAUGUCCGCACACGGCUAUACUUCACCAGUGAGAGCCACGUCCACUCCCUGCUCAGCGUCUUCCGAUAUGGAGGACUGCUGGAUGAUGAGAAGGACCAGCAGUGGAAACAGGCCAUGGACUACCUGAGUGCUGUAAAUGAACUCAACUACAUGACACAGAUAGUCAUUAUGCUGUAUGAAGACAACAAUAAGGAGCCCUCCUCAGAGGAGCGUUUCCAUGUCGAGCUUCACUUCAGUCCAGGAGUCAAAGGGUGUGAAGAUGAGGAGAAUGUACCUCUUGGCUUCGGCUUCCGCCCAGCCUCCUCAGAGAAUCAAGACAAAAAGCCCAAUCAGGGAAGUAUGGAGGACCUUUCCCAGGACCAGCCAGACCAGGCACUUCCCCUCUCUGAGCCAAUCAACAUCCAGCGAAGGUCCCCUAUGAUCCGCAACCGCAAGACGGGCUCCAUGGAGGUCCUCUCUGAAACCUCUCCCACCCAGUCCUCCAAAGGCUGCACAUCUCACCGACUCUUCCCCUCGUGUUCGCGCCAGUCUCCUGAGAUCAAACCGGCCAGUGGCCUAGGGUCGCUCUGCUCUGGCCUCUUCAGUGCCUCCGCCCUUGGGGUGUCCUGUAGCGCCCCCAACCUGCGAGACUACGUACGCACCCACCACCACCUCCACCGAAAACCACCUCUGUCCCCCGGCAGUCUGCCGUGCCAGAUUAGCAUGUUUGAGCUGUUCUCUAUGCCACCAGUAAAGAGAUUUUCUGUGUCGUUUGCCAGGCAUCCGACUAAUGAGCCCUCAGACGAGCUCCAUGUAGUCCAGCUGCUGGGGGGGCUUCCCGCUGAGCCGGCCCUGCUGGGGUUUGCCCCUCUGGCUGUGGACGGGGCCAUAGCCCACCACCUGUGCCACUGUCCCUACCACCGCCCCCUCUUCAAGAGCUGGCUGAUGACUGGUCAGGAGCUCCCAGAAUCCCUCCACGGGUUUGAAGGCUGCUCCAUGGUGCCCUCUAUCUACCCACUGGAGACACUGCACAACUCGCUCUCACUGAAGCAGGUGGACGAAUUCCUCAACACGGUGUGUGCGAGCAGCAGCGAGGCCCACGCCAAAACCAUGAAAGCGCUGUCCAGCCUGUUUGACUCUCAGAGCCAGACGUCUCUCUACAGCCCUCAGCCGCCGCUGUCCUCCUCUGGAUCUGAAGCAUCUCUUCGGCCACCAAGCCAGCCUCUAUGGCAUGGCAGUAUCCCCUCCAGUGCUGUAUCCAGUGCAGGCCCCUCCUCCCCCAUCACAGAGAGCUCCGGCCUGAACUUCAGCUUCAGUGAGUAAACUCUCUGUCUGGAAAAAAAAACACAAGGACUUCUGGGUAUCUAAGGGCACGAUCUGAAGACCUUGGUUUGUCCGUCUCUCCGGGCUUUAUUCAGCUUUUCCUCUGUCCUGCUCACAUUCACACAAACACUGGAGAGCUGCUGAUUCUGGGGAGAGGCCACUCUUGUGUAUUACAAACACUCAGACUGUAAAUAUAACCACUCAGACUGUACAUGGACUCUUCAGCUGCACACAUGUGAUCACCACACCUUUCCUGCCCCGUGAAUAAGAGAAGAACACUGGACCUUCAACAGUUUAACCUCGCAUCCUCCUCUUCGGUUUGUCGACACAUUCAUGAAACCAGCUCCGACUGUGUAGCAGUGCAUCACGCCGACAGUCAGAGCAGUUGUGCCUUUAGUUUAAUUUGAAUGCUGCCCAUGCUUAAACAACAACGUGCCUGUUUGUUUUUGUUGUUGUUUUUAGCCCACAUGCUGUUUUGCAAAAUUCUCACACACCAACUGCAUCAUCUCUGACCUUAGACGUGCACGACUGAAAUGCAUUACAGACUGUGAGUCAAAGUGUCGACCAUAAUUCUUUUGAAAUAUUUUUUUCUUCUUCUCUACUGUUGUGCUGCAACCAAUGUGGCUAGUCAUUCACAUCCCACCCUGAAACAAGACAGGCUGUUGUUUUUGAAAUCCAGGUAAAAUGUACUAACAUUUGAACCAGUAGGCAAUUUGAGGUGGGGGGGGUGCCAUUCUCCUUGUUGGCCUGCAAUCCCCUCUCUCUCCCUCCCCCUAGUAGCAGAGAGUGCAGGGGCAGAGUGGUGGUGUAAACAAAUACAGAACCAAGAGUUGUUACGAACCCUGUUAAAAAUGUAAAAAUGGCCUACUGAUUUGAACACUUUGACCUACAGUUUGUUUCAGCUACAAAUGUCUGCACAUCGGCUGAAAGUUAAAGCUUAAAUAAGUCGUCCCGUAUUCCCUUUUAUUGCUGAGAGUUUGGGUAAGAUGCUCCACACCACUCUCACAUCUGUCCGUUAAAUAUGAGGCUACAGCCAGCAGCAGGUUAGCCUAGCUUAGCACAAAGACAGGAAACAGGGGAAAACAUGCAGCCUGGUUCUGUCCAAAGGUAACAAAUGGGCACCUGUAAUUAACACGCUUUAUCUUGUUUGUCUAAUUCAUACAAAAACUAAAGUGUAAAAACAACAACCCACUGUAAAACCACAGAUUGUGUGCCCGACUAUUUCUUGGCUGGGUGCUAUAUAUCUUCACAAAUUUCCAUUUGUACACUAUGGCUUUUGUUUGAAUUGAACAAACGGGAUACAUAUAUGAAGUGUUAAUUAUUGAGAUUUAGAUGUGUCCGUAAGUAGAUUUUGUUAUCAUUUGACAGGCUAGCUUUGUUUCGGUUUCCAUUAUUUGUGCUAAACUGACUGCUGCUGGAUUUAGCUUCAAAAUGUCAAUCUAUUCCUUUAAGACUAUGUAAACAUUAGAAACCUAAGGAUUGGAACUUAUUCUGGGGGGGUUUUGAAUUUAAGUUCAACUAUUUUACAAAAGGGGCAGGUGCAGAUCAAAAAUGAGAUUAUAAACUAAUUCUCAAGAAUCUAGAGAGGUAUGUGUUGUCAUUUCCAUGCUUGGUACCUGCUACAUUAAAGGUCUUUUUUGUUCACAGGAGUUUUAGUUUACGUCAUACUUUAAAAUACAGGUGUUUGUGUCAUGUAAAACUCGAGCCAGCUUUAUCAAACUGUUUAUCUUUUCAAUUAUCGCCUGCUGUUAAAUGGAAACACAAUUGAUGUGUAAAUGUGCCUUUAAAUAUAUAUUUAAUACAGUAUUGUAGACACUGUGGGUUUCCUGCUGUAUUUUAAUUUUGUUCCCAUUUUGGGGGGGGGGGGUGUUACAAAUCCAAAAUGAUUGAGAAAAUCUGUGGUGUAGUUUUAUUUUAUAAUUAAAGGGAAGAACCACUUGAUUAGGUAAAUAUUCUAAAUGUACUUCUACAUAAUGAAAACUAUGUGCGUUUUCCCAGUUGAUGUCACUGCAAAUAAUGUGUAUCUUUAUUUAAAAAAUAAUCAAAUGACUGUUUCCAAUGAAUGAAUGAGUGAUACUCAGGUAGACAUGAAUCUACAGAUGUAAACUGGUUUUAUAUUUUGAAAAUGAGUACAUUUAGUGAAUUUACUUCAAACUCCAAAGAAAUACUUGUAUUACUUUGACCAAAACGUGUAGGGUAAGCUCUAUCAUAAAACAAUGACAUGCAGUUUUAUUAUAGUAGAGCUCCAGGAUGAUUGGGCAUUAUGUUCAGACAGUACUGUCUGCAACACCAAAGUAUUACACAUUUCAAACUGGUUAAAUUGAAAAUGAACUGAGUCCCAUAACCUGGAAACAUCUGCUGCAGAAAAACAUAUA